UCCCAGGUAUGCUGCUAACCUGAGUAAAGGUAUCGACUUUGAUCAAAAGCCCAAAAUCAACUUAUUCAAUUUCUCAAUCAUAUAAGAUACUGUGAAAUCGAAGUUGCUUGGAUAUACGUUACAGGUAUUUUGUGGAGUCAUAUCUUCCUCGACCGAAGUGACAUCUUAAGAUAUUCAGUAUUUAUUUAACACUACAUAUGGAAGUAGUUACUUAAAAAGUCAUUGCUAACUGUUAUAGGAUGUAAGGAUAUUGAUAAAGGAAGACAGUACAUUUUCAUUAUGCCGUCUAUCGUGGUUUAUGCCGAGUUGGAUCCUGAGGAAGUGACUUUGGAUGAUGUGGAAGAAUUCCUUAUCACAGAUGACUUAUUUGUGGAAUACUUCAAUGCCUUCUUGGCGUUACCUUCUUUUCCAACACCUCUCUGUUUCAACAAGGAAAAGACCGGUUUUGAAGUUGUCACAGAAGCCAGGAAAGAAAUUGGCAAACAGAUUAAAGCCGCCAUAAGAUCACAGAAAAAGCAAUCAAAGAUCUACAAAGUGGUGAAAAGUCACAGUUUCAUAGAUAUACCACUUAUACCAAUAGUAGAACCUGAAGGUCCAGAUCAUAUUGAAAUCAACACCAAUUACACAGUGACUACUUUAAAUAAGGAACAGGGUAUACACUGGGUAAAAGAACGCAGAAUGCCAGCAUUUUUAGAAAGUGACCUAUACAUGGAAUAUCGUCUAGCUAAUCUAGUAUCACAGGCCAAAAUUACUGGAGACCAAGGAGAAUAUAUAUUAAUGAGAAUAGAUUUCAAACCAAAAGUUAAACAUAAAAAGAAAGUUGUAGAAGAGGAAGUAGAAGUGGAUCCUAAAGAACAGAUGAUGAAAGAUAUGUAUGUUUGUAUGGGCACGGCAUCAACCACUGAUACAGACGCUUGGUUUACUGCUGCUAACAUGGCAACAGUAACCAGUGUUACUUCCUCAACACAGUUAAGACCAAGGAGUGCUGAAAUGACAAAGCGUCCAGUCAGUGCACGACCAGUAAGUGCAUAUAGUUCAGUAGAUAAUUAUAAACGGUCUGAAAGCGGAUUAGCCUCAUCUUUUAAAAGUUCUGUGUAUAGUAAUUAUAGGAAUACACAGAAUUCUGAUGAUUACGAUGAUGUGUAUUCUAGUAAACUGUUUGCUGUUGAUGGUAAACCUAUGACCCCGAGACCCACAGAUUCUGUUUGUGCUGUUACUGAAGAUUAUAGGGAUAAACAUAACCAACCUUUCAGUUCUACUGUAUACUGUGUACCUAAAGUUGACAACAGUGAUGCCGAAUCUGGAUUAGAUAUAAGUGAUGACACAGAUUCUGUCGAUUCUAAAGAUAACAUUGAUCAGUUAGAAAUGCUACAAAAUGAAGGACAACUCUGUUCAAGGAAAGGAAGUUCUGAUAGUAUAGUGUUUAAAAAUAUUGAUGAUAUAGGAACUGCAAUAGUAGGUGCUGUUUUAAAGAGAACUGUGUCGUCAAUUUUAAACAUACAUGAUGAUGAUCUGCCUUUGGAAAUAUUAGAUCAAAUUCCAGGCUGUGAACUGUCAAAACAUAUCUCAUUGGAGCAUUUAGACAGAAUAUCAUUACAAGAAGUGCAAUUAUCAGAGGAGGACUCAGAGUUUACUAAGGUAACAGAAGAACAACUAUCAGAAAAUGAUAAGAAGAAAGAAGAAGAAAGUGAUGCAGACUCGCUUCUUGACAGUGAAGAUGAUUAUGAAGAAGAAGAUACUUUCUUCAGGAAACAUAAAGCAAAGACAUUUAAGCUGACAAACAGGAAAGGAACAGAAAAGUUUAAAUCAUUCUUAAGUGGGACAAUGGGAGAAAGAAAUUGGAACUUGUGGCUUGAUAUUGAUAAAACCAGGUUUAUGACAGACGAUGAAGCUAUACACAGGCAUUUACUAGAAAUGAGAGAGAAAUAUUUCAUCCCUGGUUCAUUGUUUGAGUUGACUACUGAACAGAAGACAGAUCUAAAUCUGACCAAACCAUCAUCGUGGACUAAAGAACAUCUCAUAGACAUACAGAAUAAAAUAGCAGAACCACUUGUUCUGUACUGGGCUCCUAGAUUUUUACUGACCCAAUUAAGAACAACAGACCCAGCCAAGCAUGCUGAAUACCUCAAUCUAAAGUACCUUAAAACCAAGCCUGAUGUAUUCCCUACUCGUCCAGCAGCCAAACUACUGCCACUACGUCCUAAGUCAUGUUUUCCAAGGUUCAGACAACAACCUUUUGAGGAUCUACCAUCUACUACUCAAGAUACACAAUUUGUGACUUCACCUCCUGUUGGUUACCGUAGAAACUACUCAUCAUCAGCUUUCACCUAUGACAAGUUGCAUGGUACCAAACAGACAAUUAUCACACCAAAAUUACCUAUACAGAAAACAACAAAACCUCUGAUUUCUGGUCAAAAGUCAAGGCCAUCCACUGCAGGAUCAUCACGCCCAGUAUCAGUCAAUAGACAAACAUCGCGUCCAGUGUCAGGGAAUAGACCAUCAUCCCGUCCUGUAUCUGGUGCACUGCCAGCGUCACGUCCAAUAUCUGCACAUCAUUCAUCCCGUCCAGAGUCAAGAGAUGCAAAUCGUCCAGUUUCUGCACAUCGACCAGUAUCUGCACAUCCUUCUGCAAGUAGGUCAGAAACAUCCACUAGCACACCACAAACACAACUACGACAGCGACCUCAGACAGCAGGAGCUGGGAGAGAAAGAAUUGGUUCUAAAUGUUCAGAUGAGUCAGAUUUUAUUGGAGGACACCGGAUGGAGGCUUUGUUACAAGCACUGCACCAUGAAAGGGAAGCUGGUGGAUUCUUCAAGAAGUUCAUCAACAGAAGUGGCAACAAGUUGUGGAUUAACUGUUUGAAUUUCUGGAGUGAAGUGCAGGACUACCAUUGGUUAUUUUAUACAGAAUUCAUUGACCCAUAUAUACUACAGAAAAAAGCAAAGACAGUAUAUUCCAAGUAUAUAGUUAUUGGAGGCAUCUGCAGCAUUAGCUGUAGUUACAGUAUCCGACGAGAGGUAGCCAGAUGUCUACAGCCACCAUUCGAGGAACUAUUUGACUCAGCAGAGGAAUUUUCUAUAAAGGAGUUGUAUGUUGCAUGGACACAGAUGAUUACUGUAGACAUGAAGACUUAUGGAAAGGUAGAACUAAUAGAGGUGGUGAAACAUUUAGAGACCAGAUCUAAAUAUGUCCUCAAUUUACAGAAAAGAGGUUUGAUUAAAGAGAGAGUAGAAACUCCGGAGGAUCCUAUGGAGAAAUAUGAAGAUCCUGUGUAUGACCCAACACUGCAGGAAAGAAUACCUGAUGAAUAUAAAGACUACACAUUAGAAAAACUUGUUGGAAACCGUAUUGAGUUAGAGAACUUCCAGGUGUUUCUGAAGGAGAAUUACGCAGAUACUGAUUUACUCUGUUGGAUGGCUAUUAGAACUUUCCGUAACAUUCCAUACACAGAUGAGAAGGCUCGAGAUGAACUGGCUACAUCUAUACGAGACAGAUAUCUUAAUCAGAAAUAUUUCUUUGGUCCGAACAGUCCAGCAGGGAAGAAAGGACAAGAAAAGGUUAUGGCUGCUGCAGGAGGUUAUAGCCAGUUAUUUAAGAAGAGGCCACCAAAUGAAGUGUUGAUUGAAGCUCAGAAAUAUAUACGUGAUAGGCUGGAGAAAAAAUGGCUGCCUUUGUUCUUGGCCACAUCAGAGUUUGCUGAGAGACAGAGACCAAAGGCUGGCAUGGAUGAUGUAGUAGAUGAUGUCUUAGUUAUCAAGAAAAAGAGAUCACAUAAUAUACAAAGGAGUUUGGAUAACAAUAAGUUUAUCUCCUCCUCUAAAGAUGUUAUAGUCUUCCGUAAAGGUCUGCUGAACCCAGUGACAGAGUUACAGUUCAGGAGAUAUGUGUCUAUAUAUGGUGACAAUCUAGAAAAUGAUGUACUUUUCUGGAAAGAAGUCCAGGCAUUUAAGGAACUUUACCAUGUACAUAGUGAUGAAAGUUUGAUUCAGGAGAAAGUUGCAGUAAUAAUAAGCUGUUUUAUUGACUCACAAAUUCCACCAAAUAUCCAGAUUGAUAUUUCACCUGAUAUGGCAGAGAAAAUUGUAGAGAGAAAAUAUGAAAGAACACCUUACUUAUUCAGAGAGGCUCAGUUCACAGUUUUUAGACAUCUAUUUCGAUUCUGGGACAAAUUCUGUACAUUUAGGGGAAACCAUGCAGAAGAAAAGAUAUUGCCAACAAUAGAGAGAAUACGGAAACAUGAGAGAGCAAAACAGAGAGCUGAACAACAACGACUGGAUGAGCUUGCUCUCAAGGAAGCUGAGGAAAAGAAGCAACCUCAAAGGAAAAAGAAGCUAAAGUUUGGCAAGGUUAGAGCUGAAGAAAGAGCUGCAUUAGGACUACCACCAGAGAAUGAAGAAGAUGAAGAUGCACUUGACCAUCUACAACAUUUCAGUCACCAUGACGAUGAUGAAGAAGAACAUGGGUCUAAUGAGAAGAAUAAGAUCUCAUGGUCUUAUUCUAACUACAUGGCUGCUCUGGAAAAGGAGGAUAUUCUAAACAAUACAGAUGAAAGUACAUUCGGAUCAUUGUUAAAUUUUGGAGGAGAGAAAAGCAGUGAUAAUGCUGAUGAAGUAUCAUUAAGUAAACAGGAUGAUAUUGAAACAAUGUCUAAGAAAGAAACUCGUUCUGAAGAAACCCAAACAGAGAAAAAGAAGUCAACAAAGUCAAGCCCAAGUCCUGACUCUGAUAAAGGAGGGAGCAAAAAGAAAGUUACACGACGGAAAGGUUCUGUAGAAUUCCAGAAAAUGGCUUCUCUUGAAGAGGAAAAAGAGAACGAAGAAUCUAAGAAAAAGUCAAAGUCAAAGGGUAAAGGUCAACAGUUAUUGACAGAAAAGAAAUGAAAUGUUUAAUCUCAAUCAUAGUACAUGUAACAGUAAAAACAGUAAAAUGUUAGUGAAUACUUAACUUAAUAAUAGUCAGUCAGUUAGUUCAUAUCUGUUACCAUACAGUGGAUUGUUCAAUGAAUUGUUUUUGUUAACUCACAAAAAAGGAACAGUGAAUGUGAUGUUUGAGCAGUUCUAAACUAUUAUGAUUAUGUUUGUGAGUUAACUAACUUAAGACUGUGUAUCUAUUGUACAGGGUUGAUGCAAGUUAUUGUAAAUCUUUUUUUUGACUUUUACAACAAGAAAAACUCUUGUUUUAUUUCAUUGAGGAGUUUUAACUCUCUGUCUCUGGAGUUGAGUUUGUGUUUAACAGGGAUAGAUUUUUUUUUAAAUAAUUGAAACAUUUGCUGACAUUUUAUUGAUUUACAAAGUACAAGUAAACACAGAAGCCUGUAUAACUGUAAAAUGGUCAUUUUGUAAGUUGAAUGGUAAUUUGAUUGUUUAAUAGUUGGAGCAUAUUAUUACAUGACAUGCAAUUUCUGAAUUUGCAAGUAAAAUGUAGAUGUAGGUAUUUAAUUAAUUUAUUUUUACAGUGUACUCUCUAAUAUUUCAAAGGUAGAAUUACAAUUAUUAUUUAAUCUUUUCAUAGUAAACUACAGGAAUCUCAGACAAGUACACAUUGUAUCUACCUGCUAUUUUAUCUAUAUCAUGUAUUAUAUGUUAAUUUUCAAGCUAAGUUAAAUCUCAAAUGAUAUUCUAUAUUCAGUCUACAAUCAUAUAUGAUUGUGAUGUUUCACAGUCUCCAGUCCUAUGGUUGGCUGACUGACUUACAUGUUUUUUUUAUUUUGUUUUAUAUUUAACAAUAUUCUUUAUUUAAAACAAUAUUUGAUGAUUGAUAACUAGCUGUGCCUAGUAUAUGAUAAUUUAUUACUUGAUAAUGUAUUUUACAUGUAAUAUUUUACUUCAGAUGCCUUUCUGUUUUGAUUAUGUUUUGUAUUAUAGUAUAUACUAUAAGAUGAUUGAUUUUAAAUGUGAUAUAAAUCUUAUAAAUUCUAGUUAAUUCCAACCUGUUAUGUUUUGUCCUCUCUUCCAAGCAGACUGUGAUGUUUUUUGUCUUCAAAUAGCUAUAUUUAUAAUAAAUAAUGCUACAUUU